GAAGAAGAAGAAGAAGAAGAAGAAGAAGAAGAAGUUGUUCAUUAUAACAUUCAUCUCUUUAAAUUAUUUUUAUUAAAUAUUACUGACUUCCGACGGCGGCGCGUCAGUGGGACGCAGACCGGAAGUGUUAGCCUGGCUAGCUGUGAGCUAGCUGUGUGGAUGUGUGUAGUUAGCUGGAAGACGAUGGUGUCGUCGUGUCGCAGAUAAAUGUUCGAGCGCUGAUGAAGCAACGAUGUCUUCAGUUCAGUGUCUGAGAGACUUUGUCCACCAGCGACUCACUGCUGCUGCUGAAGAGAUAUUCAGAGUGUUCGAACAAACUGUCCUCGAGUACGAGGACGAGAUCGAUCGACAGAGAAGACUGUUGGACAUCGUGUGGAACCCGGAGAUAAAGCUACACAGGACAGUUUCAGAGCUCCGUCCUCCAGAGCCUCCAGAGCUUCCACAGCAACAUGUCUGUAAGGAGGAGGAGCUUCUCACUGACCAGGAGAGGAACCCCAGUCUGGACCAAGAGGAUCCAGAGCCUCCACAGAUUAAAGAGGAGCAGGAGGAGCUCUGCACCAGUCAGGAGGGAGAGCAGCUUGUCCUGAAGCAGGAGGACGAGACCUUCAUGUUGACGUCUCCUUAUGAGGGAAGUGAUCACAGUGAACCAACCAGUGAGCAGCAGCUCCUCUCCCACAUCUCUCCUGGAGCUGAGAGCCCAGCUCAGAGAGGAAGUGAGCAAGUGGACCCAGGAUCAGCUCGAGAAGAAGAGUCCCAGAGACACAACUCCCCCCCGACACAGAGUCCCUGCUCCACUCACACAGGGAGAAGAGCUCCAGCUUGUGACACGUGUGGAAAAGCUUUCCGCAGUAACUCUGACUUGAAACGACACAUGAGGAUCCACACAGGGACUAAGUUUGGAACGUGUUCAGACGGAGAGAGAGAGGAACUGAAGCUGAACCUCGAAGAAUUACACUUUGGAUUCAUGUGAUCUUAUAUGAAGAAGUGCUGCAGACAAGAGCUUCCACAGCAACAUGUCUGUAAGGAGGAGGAGCUUCUCACUGACCAGGAGAGGAACCCCAGUCUGGACCAAGAGGAUCCAGAGCCUCCACAGAUUAAAGAGGAGCAGGAGGAGCUCUGCACCAGUCAGGAGGGAGAGCAGCUUGUCCUGAAGCAGAUCCAGACCUUCAUGUUGACGUCUCCUUAUGAGGGAAGUGAUCACAGUGAACCAACCAGUGAGCAGCAGCUCCUCUCCCACAUCUCUCCUGGAGCUGAAAGCCCAGCUCAGAGAGGAAGUGAGCAUGUGGACCCAGGAUCAGCCAGAGAAGAAGAGUCCCAGAGACACAACUCCCCCCCCGACACAGAGUCCCUGCUCCACUCACACAGGGGAGACGUCUUUCUCAUGUGACACUUGUGGAAAAGUGUUUGAUGCUAAGUCCAAACUGGACAAACAUCUGAGAAUCCACACAGGUGAGAAGUCGUUUUCUUGUGACACUUGUGGGAAAAGAGUCGGUCAGAGUUUCUCGCUCCUGGCAACACGUCAUCAUCCACACGGGUGAGAAGCCAGCUGUGAGCAAAACAUGUUGGAAAAGUUUCACACUUCCAAUUCCCCUGAAGGAUCAAAUGAGAGUCACACAGGUGAGAAGUCGUAUGAUAAAAACAUGCUAAAAGGUUCAAUCGUGUUACUGACCUGAAGUUUCACACCAACACCCUCACAGGUGAGAAGUCGUGCAUCAGCAACACGAGGGAAGAACCUUCAUUCAUCCAGCUUGAAUAAAAAGUCAGAGUAGAAACCACACGAUGAAAAGUUGUUAACUUAUUGAUUGAGAGUUUUCACUGGUGAGAAGCCACGUCACAUCACUGCAGCCUCCAAAACAUCGGAAUCUCUGUAACAUCUUAAACGUUAAAAACCUUCUACUAAACACUAAAGCUACGCUGCUGAUCAUUCAAAUGUUUGUUUUGA